AUGCUGAGGAAGGUGGCCAUGGUGGCAGCCUCCAAGCUACACGUGGAGAUCUGCCAGGAUGGGGACCAAUUCUAUAUCAAGAAUGCCACCACCCUGCCCACCACCAAGAUCAAUUUCAAGGUUGACGAGGGCUUUGACGCGGAGAUGGUGGACAGAUGCAAGUGCCGGAGUUUGCCCACUUGGGAGAAUGAAAAUAAAAUCUACUGCACACAAACUCUGGUGGAGGGCAAUGGCCUGGAGACAUGUUGGACUUGGGAGCUGGCCAAUGACUAG